AUGCAGGACCAGAUUCAGAAGCUGCUGCUGAUGGGCCCCGGCGGCGCCGGUAAAACGUGCAUGCGGAGUAUCAUCUUCGACAACUACCUGCCACGCGAUGCACUGCGGCUCGGCAUCACCAUCUCACUCGACCAGAACCAAGUCCGCAUGCUUAACAAUUUGUACCUCACCCUGUGGGACUGCGGCGGCCAGCACCGUUAUGUCGCGGAGUACCUGAGCCGCCAGAAGGAGUACAUCUUCCGCAGCGUUGGCAUCAUGCUCUUUGUGUUCGAUAUCAACAGCAUGAGCCGCGACAGCAGUGACGCGUACAACGGCAUGUCGACCAACUGGAGCCGGCCCGAGAUGCUGGAGUACUUUCAGGCGGCGAUGCGCUACAUUAAGCAGUACAGCCCUCACGCGAAGAUAUUUGUGCUGUUGCACAAGAUUGACCUCAUUGCAAAGGAUCUCCGCGAGGCCAUUUUUGAGUCGCGAAAAGCGGAGAUUCUCGAGCGCCUCGAGGGUGAUGAGGUGGCGAAUAACAUUCAGUUCUUCGCCACGAGCAUCUGGUCCAACUCGUUGUACCUGGCGUACAGCAAUGUUGUGCGCUCCCUCAUUCCCCACCGGGAUGUGCUCAUGCAGGAGAUGAGGAAGUUGCUAAAGGCCUGCAACGCUGUUGAAGUGGCACUGUACGAACGCAGCACAUUUCUCUGCUUAACGCACGUCAGCCGCGAGGACGCUAACAACAAUUAUGGUGGCGACGGCAAUGGGAGCGAUUGUUGCAAUGAUAACGACGCACUUCGCUCGUCAACGUGCGAAUUGCGUACAACAGAGGUUAGUGAGACGGUAAAGCACUUCAAGCUAAGCUGCAUGAAUAACACGACAAGUCUGGAUGGAUUUCAAAUCACGACAGGUACUUUUACCGCACUGCUGCACCCCUUUACGAAUUGCACACAUGUGUUGAUUAUUUCGGCAGACCCUGGCGUCAGUGUGGAGCUUCACAAGUGCAACGUGCGGGGUGCCCAACGUGCAUUUGAGCAAUUUCUUCAUUCAGGGGACCCCAUCGCAGAAGACAUGCGGCAGGUGCUUUGA